GGGAGGGGGCUUGGGAGCAUCCAGGGAGGAGACCGACGCAGGACCUACGGACCACGCCAAAGUGCGGUGUGGGCGUCAGCGGAGAAGGGCGAGUGGAGAAGAGACGCCUGGGGCGGGGUGGAGGGGGAGGCUGUCCUUGCGGCGACGUGCGCUCGGAGGAGGGAGGCGGGGAGGGUCGAGCGGGCGCGCGGCGUGCGACUGCCGAGGCUGCGGCGGCUGGAACAGGUUGCUCCACCCCGCCCAGGAUCAGGCCAGGGGGAACCGGCCGGGCAGCGGUUGCCAACUCGCGCAGAGCGCUCUGGCGAAGUCCCGGAGCGGAGUCCCGCGUCCCGCCUCCUCCCUGCGGGGCGCGCCCUCCUCGCUCCCCCCGCAACCCUUCCCCACUUUUCCCCCCUUUUGCAAUCACAUGGCACUUUAAGAAUGCCGGAAAGAUGGCGGUAGCGGCGGCGGCGGCGGCGGCGGCGGCCGGGCCGGCCGGCGGCGGAGGCGGCCGAGCGCAGCGGAGCGGGCUGCUGGAAGUUUUGGUGCGGGCUCGCUGGCACAAAGUUCUGGUGAACUUGAGCGAGGACGCCCUGGUUCUGAGCUGCGAGGAGGGCGCUGCGGCGUACAACGGCAUCGGGACCGCCGCCAAUGGCUCGUUCUGCAGGGGCGCCGGCGCGGGGCACCCGGGCGCGGGCGGAGCGCAGCCCCCGGACUCGCCCGCCGGGGUCCGCACCGCCUUCACCGACCUGCCCGAGCAGGUGCCCGAGUCCAUCUCGAACCAGAAGCGCGGCGUGAAGGUGCUGAAGCAGGAGCUGGGCGGGCUGGGCAUCAGCAUCAAGGGGGGCAAGGAGAACAAGAUGCCCAUCCUCAUCAGCAAGAUCUUCAAGGGGCUGGCGGCGGACCAAACUCAAGCCCUGUACGUAGGGGACGCCAUCCUGUCCGUAAACGGGGCCGACCUGCGGGACGCCACCCACGACGAGGCGGUGCAGGCGCUGAAGCGCGCUGGCAAGGAAGUGCUCCUGGAAGUGAAGUAUAUGCGGGAAGCCACACCCUACGUGAAGAAAGGGUCCCCAGUAUCCGAGAUCGGGUGGGAAACGCCUCCGCCAGAAUCCCCUCGGCUAGGGGGCGGCUGCUCAGAUACUCUGUCAUCGCAGUCCUUCUCCUUCCAUAGAGACCGGAAAAGCAUCCCUCUCAAGAUGUGCUUUGUCACUCGGAGCAUGGCCUUGGCUGACCCUGAGAACAGGCAACUUGAAAUCCACUCUCCAGAUGCUAAGCACACGGUGCUCUUGAGGAGCAAGGACUCAGCCACCGCCCAGGCCUGGUUCAGCGCCAUCCAUUCCAACGCCAGUGACCUGCUCACACGAGUGAUCCCCGAGGUCCGAGAGCAGCUGGGGAAGACGGGCAUUGCCGGGGGCCGGGAGAUCAGGCAUCUUGGCUGGCUUGCAGAAAAGGUGCCCGGGGACAGCGAGAAACAGUGGAAGCCAGCCCUGGUUGUGCUGACUGAGAAGGACCUUCUAAUUUAUGACAACAUGCCCCGGAGGAAGGAAGCCUGGUUCAGCCCGGUUCACACGUACCCUCUUCUUGCCACCAGGCUGGUCCAUUCAGGUCCAGGGAAAGGAUCACCCCAGGCUGGUGUAGAUCUGUCCUUUGCAACACGAACUGGUACCAGGCAGGGUAUUGAAACGCAUCUCUUCAGGGCUGAGAUCAGCAGGGACCUCUCACAUUGGACAAGGAGCAUAGUACAGGGUUGCCAUAACUCAGCUGAACUCACUAUUGAAGUCACCACAGCUUGCACCUAUAAAAACCAGGAGUGCCGGUUGACCAUACAUUAUGAGAAUGGAUUUUCUAUUACCACUGAACCACAGGAGGGUGUCUUUCCCAAGACAAUCAUACAGGCUCCUUAUGAAAAGCUGAAAAUGUCUUCAGAUGAUGGAAUCAGGAUGCUGUAUUUAGAUUUUGGAGGCAAAGAUGGAGAGCUUCAACUAGACCUUCAUUCCUGCCCCAAGCCGAUUGUUUUCAUCAUUCAUUCCUUCCUGUCAGCUAAGAUUACAAGGCUGGGGUUGGUGGCCUGAACAGAGAAGCGAAUUGCGUUUGAGAAAAGGAGGGCUGCAGUGCCACCGAAAAGUGUCAUAUCAGACACCAUUUGCAGUGAUGCACCAGAUGUAGCAUGCCACUGUCAGCUUUAGAUCCCAAGAGUCCUGUGUAACAGUCCCAGACUCCUCUGUCAAUUUCAGCAACUAUAAAGGGUACCUUCAGAAAAAUUCCACAAGGACUAUCAGAAUAAAACUUUUUUUUUAGAACAGUAAAAAGGUAAAGAGGUGAGGCUGAUUGGAAAUACACAGCAUAGCUUUUAAAUAAUGACAGUCAAGGACAUGAACAUUAGAACAGUGUGUGCAGAUCUUAAUCAUACCAGUUUCUAGGCAACUGGUUCACCCAGGUAAGCAAGGGCUAUAUAGAUGAGAAAUGGACAUUUUUCACCUCUCCCCUCCCCACCCCAGUAAUAAGGACCCCUUGUUUUAUUGUGCUUUUAUUUCCUAUUUCUAAUUGAGUUCACUUUCGCUGGUAAGGAAAGAAAAGUACUUCAAAUGGAAACCCACCUUUUAUUUAAGUGUGAAACAGCUGUUACUUUUUCUUAAUGAAUUAUCUUUUAAUGAUGUAGAAUGAUUCUGAAGUGUUCUUAUUAGCAUAUGAUGAGUGGGAAUUAAAUAAAGCAUCAGAUACUGUUCUGAGCUGUAAGCUGGUGGAUUCUGAGCCAAAGUAGACUGCUUAAAUUGCAAAGCUUUGCUGAAGAGUGGUGUGCCUGAAAGAUGAUUAAUUCUGGGACU